GCAGCGCUCCCCUGGAUGGCGGAGCCGGGGGCUGGAGGGGCGGCGGAGCCCGGGGAGAGAUGGACGGAGGAGCCGGAGGAGCCCGGGGAGGGAUGGACGAAGGAGCCAUGGGGUAGAUGGACGGCGGAGCGGCGGCGGCAGUGGGUGCCGGGCGGGCGCUGGCUGGCGGCCGUGCUGCCCCUGCUGCUGGUGCCGCUGCCCUGCGCAGGCCAGAGCAGCCUGCCCAGCCCAGAGGAUGUGCAGGUGCACGUGGUGAACACCAAUUUCACCCUGAGCUGGGAUUGGAGGGGCAGUGACCCCAGGGUGACAUUCUCAGCCCAGUUCCAAUGGCCGGAGCUGGAGGACAGGGGCUGGCAGGAGCUGCCAGGGUGCCAGGCUGUGGCUGGCCCAGGCUGUGACUUCUCCUCGGCCAUCUCAGAGUACUACGAUGCCCACUACGUGCGUGUCAGGGCCCAGGCAGGGCCGCUGGUGUCCCCGUGGUCCCAGGUCCUGGAGAUGGUUCCAGAACAAGUCGCUCAGAUUGGUCCACCAGGACUGGAAUUGCAGUCCACAAAUGGAGUCAUAAAAGUUAUGGUUUCCCCUCCAGAAGCAAAUCAGAGGAAAAAAAUGUGGAUCAAUGAUCUGAGUUUUAAAUAUAACCUGGUCUUCUGGGAAAACUCCUCACAUGCUCAGCUCCAGAGCAAAACCAUUUUCCCUGUGGACACCAUUGAUGACCUUGCCCCAGACAGCACCUAUUGCUUCAAAGUGCAAGCAAACCUCCCCGGGGAGGGAAAGCAAGGCUUGUUCAGCCCCACCAGCUGUGUGAAAACCACCCAGAAAGUGAACGACCUCCUGUGUGCCACCAACCUGAGUGUCCUGGCUCUGAACAUGAAAUUCCACCUGCUCUGGAGCAGCCAGGAGAAUCAGGAUGUGACCUACAACGUGCAGUACCUGCUGGGCUACUUGAAGAGGCUCAAUGAUGAUUACUCAGACAAGUGGCUCAGUGUGCCCAGGUGUGAGAACAUCACCAGCACCUGGUGCAACUUCUCCUCCAUCAUCACCACUGGAUUUUAUUACCUGCGAGUGCAGGCCAGGCAGGGACACAACAAAUCCUGCUUCUCCAGGGAAGUCAAAGUGGAUCCUCUGAAAACAAAUGGAAUUGGCCCUCCUGGUGUAAGGCUGGACCUCAGUGACACUUUGCUCCACAUCCUCAUUUCUCCUCCAGGAGGAGCUGAGGGUGAAUUCAUGAGGGACCAUUAUGACUUGUCCUACAGGAUCCUCUACUGGAAGAAUUCCUCAGAUACGAAGGAGGAGGUGAAGCAGAAGGAGGUGAAGCAGACCAUAGCCACAGUCCCUGAUGUGUCCCCCUCCAGCCUGUACUGUGUCAGGGUGCAGGCCUUCUCUGAGCCCUACAACAAGAGCAGUGCCUACAGCCAGCAGGAAUGCAUCCACACCCCUGCAGGUACACCUUUACCUCUGUUCAUUUUUGGGAUUUUCAUGUGUGCCCUGCUGGUUGUCCUGGUGGUGGCCACUCCUCUUGUUUUUGUGCUCUACCAAGUCUACCACAAAAUCAAAUACGUGUUCUUCCCCUCCUGCCAGCCCCCCCUGAACAUCGAGGGAUUUGGAGCACAGCCCUUCAGCAGCCCUUACCUGGCAGCUGCAGCAGAGGAAUCAGUGGAAAACUGCUGUGUGAUCGAGUCCAUGAUCACAGAGGAGGGAAAUCAGAUUGUCUUCACAGAGUACAAACAUUCCACCCAGAGCAGCCGAGACUCAGGGAACUAUUCCAACGAUGACACCACCUCUGGGAGCAAAGGGUCCAAGGAAACACUGGAAAAGGAAAUAGUCUAACCUGGGGAGAUCAGAAUUCCUCUAUGGGAUUGACAGCUUCACAAACACUUCACACCUCUUUGUGAUGGAGGUCCCAGCCUGAGGGGGACACUGGGACCUUUGGGAUCCUCAGGGGACACUGGGACCUUUGGGAUCCUCAGGGGACACUGUGACCUUGGGGAUCCUCAGGGGGACACUGAGACCUUGGGGACCCUUAGGGGACACUGAGACCUUUGGGAUCCUCAGGGGACACUGAGACCUUUGGGAUCC